AAAGGUCCAUCAUCAAAAAAGUUAUGCUCUUAGCACCUUCCACAUCACAAUCAUACCCGAGACGCCAGCUAUUACCCACAAUCGCCACCACCCCCUCGCUCGUCGAUCACUCCAACUACUCUUCACCAAACCAAACUUCCUUCGAUCAUCAGCUUCUCGACUAUCCGUCUCCUUCUCAGAACCAAUUCUUCGGUCAACUCGGGAGUGACAGCUACGCCUCUUCAGAGCCCGAAGGCUUCGGCAGCGACGAUAUUUGGCAAGAAGAUCAACUGAUGCAGUCCGAACAAUCCGGCGUCUCAAACAGCUGGCACUUCGCAAACGGAAAGCUGACGCCGACAUCAGCUCGCAGCCACCAGCGCGAGUCGUCGCAGUCUUCCCUGGGCUCUGCUGGACCGGCAUCCCCCUACAACUACAACACGUCUCACCCACAGGUCGCUCUCCCACCAGACUCAGCUGGUGGGGAGACGUACUAUGAAGGCCUACCGGUUGCUGACCAAGCGACUUAUUACAACUUCUCCAAGACGCCAUCGCAUACGCAAGACCAGUACCUACCAGCCGCCUUCCAGCAGAAUUACAACUUCCACACUUACGGCACACCUACAAACUACAACUCCAUGAUGCCAAUGGACAAGCACGCGAUGAUGAGGGACGACGAGACGAUGUCGGUUCCAGACUACGGACACUCAGGUCGCCCAUCCGUCGCAAGCACUCAAGGCUCCCCAGCGACGCCAAUUGGCAAUGGAUUCGAUGAGCCGAAUCGCAAAGCUGGUGAGAUUUCUACCCUCCAGGAUCGUUGGAUGGGCAGCAGCUCACAGUUUUACCCCGACUCAGAGUACCACAACUCGAAUGCGAUACCAAAGCUUGACAGGACAAUGUCAGAUGCUUACAACGAUGAGCUGUACAGCCCAAACUUCACAUUCACAUCGGCGGCCCCGUCGCAGGAGUCGAGGAUGCUCUCGCCUUCCCAGAGCUCGGACGUAUUUUCUCAAAGACUGCAAGCUGCGAACAGCCAACACUUGAGUGCCUCAACUCAGCAACCACUCGGAAACCAGUCUCGCAGACGGUCUCCGUUCCGACAAGGCUCCCCUCUCGCGCCAUUACCGCACCGAGGAUUCAAUUCACAGUCGUCGACACAGCAGAUUCGUCUGGGCACUGCAGCACACAUGCGAGAGCAACAGAAGGCAGAGAACGAUGCACGCGUCUUGGAGGAGCAAAUUAGGAGGUCAUCUCCAGAGCAAUCUACGCCAAAGACUAUUUCGCCGAAGGAUGCAGUACUCGAGUAUCAUGGUACCGAGGAGGACGCGGCAAUGCCGCUGUUCCCCCAGACCCAGCAAUACCGAUUCCAAAAGCCAUCCCCCCAAGAAUCGCAGGAACUCGAUGAUACCUCUUCGCAGCAAAGCUUUGCGAGCAUGAUGACGAGCCGUCGGCCAAGUUCCUCGGCAUACUCAAAUAAUUCAUCCCAGGCGACGCCUCGCAACCGCAGCUUUGCCUUUGCUCCUCCAUCGGUACCUGGCGCGACACAAAUGCCGCAGCAGCAAUACCAGUUUGUUCUGCAGCAGCGACAACAGGCGCAGAACUUGGCGGAUCGAUCAUCUCAGCUGCCGGUCGCCCUGCCGUCUGUGGAGUCGAGCAACGGCGAAUAUGCAACAGAUGCGUCAGAGCUCAAAAAGCCUGCAAGAUCGAAUGCCGACAGUGGGACGUACACUUGCACGUACCAUGGAUGCACACUGCGAUUUGAGACGCCAGCAAAACUCCAGAAGCACAAGCGUGAGGGACAUCGCCAAUCGGCUCCACUGAUUAGCGGGGUUACCACUAGCGCUCGCCGUGCCAGCAGCGAUGCUGGCAGCGGCAUGACAUCAGCGGCGCUUCUUCGCAAUUCUCAAGCAGGCCCUCACAAAUGCGAGCGGAUUAACCCGUCCACGGGCAAACCGUGCAACGCCAUUUUCUCACGCCCUUACGAUCUCACGAGACACGAAGACACUAUUCACAACGCGCGCAAGCAGAAGGUACACUGCCAGUUCUGUACCGAGGAGAAGACCUUCAGUCGCAAUGAUGCUCUAACACGGCAUAUGCGCGUUGUACACCCCGAGAUCGACUUCCCUGGCAAGACCAGACGACGUGUUUGAUGAUCCAAUCCGAUGUUUCAGUGACAUCAGGCCGUCGCAUUGUGGACGUCAUGGGCGCAAAUAACGGGGUUUCGGUAACACCGGUGCCGAUCAUGACGUCAGCGACGACGCACGGAUAAUGCUUUUCAUAUCAAGACUUCUAAUACUUCUACUGUACAUGUUACAACCCUUUUUUUAAGCGUUCAUAAUGCAGCAUAGCGAUUUGUUUUAGGCUUCGGGCCAUUUGGAGUUUGGGUUGGUAAUCUGUCAUAGAAGAGUCAUCAAAAACAUGUUCAUCGCAGUUGGCGGGUGCUGAAUGCGACUUGUACCAAUUGGCGAUAGAAGGCGUGCUAUUUUACUUUUUUUUACUUUUAUGAAUCUCUUUGGGUCGGCAUGGUGUUUCAACUCAAUAGAUAGGUGGGUAAAGGGGACUUGGGAAAUUUAAACGAAUAAUGUGUAUAAGAGAUGGGAUGGCGCUUGUACUCUUUGUUGUAUAACAAUGCAGUCGGAUGAUGGGUUAUUUAUAUAUAUAUUACAUACAAAACAAGAUAAUUAGUAUUACUAUAAGCCACAGAAGCACCUUUCCCAAUACAGAAGCUGUG